CCGCAAAAGUAGGAACUGUUUCUACUUUUCAGCGAAGCGAAUAUUUCGAUGUAAAAUCAUAACAAACAAAACUGCGCAUGCUCAGAUACAAUUCGCCGUCGAAUUCGCCGUUCAAUUCGCUUCGUGAAAAUCCCCCAUAAUCCGAUCAGGUUUCGGAGAUUAUUUUUAGUGAAAACGAAAGCGAAAGUACUACAACCACGCCGCGGUUUGGUUGCCGUCAUUUUCCAUAAAAAUCUGAAACCGGUUAGCAGGACACUCUAGUAAUAAUAUUUAUUUAUGUACAAGGAAUUAAUUUAAUCAAAACAAUUUGAAAGCGUAAAUAUGCAGAGAUUGCUUUUGAUAUACGAUUAGCUAACAGGCAGCGUCCAUAGUAGCCACAAGAAACGUCAAUUUACCGUUUGUGAAACGCAUGACGAACUUGGAUGGAAACUUCUAGGGCAUCAUUGGUAUUUCCAUUUUAAAGUGCAACUUCCAUGGCACAAAUCACGUAAAUUUUGUCAAAUGUACAGAUCAGAUUUGGCCACUUUUCAAGAUGAUAAAGAAUCUGACAUUUUAAAGGAGUUUCCCAGUGAUAUGUGGAUAGGGGCUUCACAAAACAGUUCAGGUCACUGGAACUGGCUUCAUACUAGUUCAGUGGAUGAAGCUGUUGGUAGCUCUUGUGGAUUGUUGUUAUCUAAAAACAGUACAUACGUUGGCAAUAACUGCCAGGAACCACAAGAAUUUGUCUGUCAAAAAUUAAAAGAAACAUUUUAUAAAGAUAUUAACGAGGGAAAAUUUAAUAAUGGCUCCUUUGGUUCAUCAAGGUAUAAAUUUGUUCCUUAUAAAGUACCAUGGGUUUAUGCAAGAGUGAUUUGUCAAGCUAUGGUUGCCGACCUUGUAGUUAUCACAAAUCCUUGCUCCAAUCGAUAUGUAAGAUCAUAUCAUGACACAGAAGAUAUUUGGAUUGGAUUGCAUCGGUCAGCUUCUAAUAAUCAUGAACCUACUUGGGUGGAUGGAGAUAUCCUUAAAAAUUAUAGAUAUAAUAACUACAGUGAAGAAACGAAUAGAUCUGAAAGUCAUAGCUAUGUAAACUACAUUUCAUACAUGGAUGCCAAUGGAACUUGGUUAGAGGAGAAACUCAACGUGGAAAAUGCAAAUUCUGUGGAAAAAAUGUUUGUGUGUCAACUUAGACGAUUUUACUAUAUGUCAUAUUAUAAUUAUGGCAAAAAUAAAACUUGGGAAGAUUCAGCUAAAUUUUGUGAAAGAUUUGGCCGUCAAUUGGUAACCAUAAAAAAUGAGCAUGAGUACAAACAUCUGUCAAGAGGAAAAAAUUCUUUUUGGAUUGGUGGCAGUUAUUCUGGAGAUGACAAAAAGUUUGUGUGGAUUGAUGGUGAUCCAUUAGAUUCAUCAAAUGCAAUUACAAGGAUUAGUGCUGAAAAAAACUGUCUUUUAAUGAAUAUCACAGGGGAAUGGGUACCGCAUAAUUGCAGUGCAAAUGAAUCUUUUGUUUGCAAAGUUAAAUUCCAAGAUGUGUGGCAAUUUGACCCAUCAAAAACAGAUGGUCCUUGCAUGUCUCCAUCCAUACAAAAUGGACAAAAUUGUUAUACUGUAGGCUCUGUACCUAAAUCUAUCCGUGAUGCACGAUUAUGGUGUGAGCAUCGACAGUCCACUUUAACAUCAAUUCGUGAUGAAGUUGAAAAUGAUUAUAUUGCUUCCUUGCUUCCUUCAGAAGAAUUUUGGAUUGGUAAAAUAACAUCUUGGUUUGAUGGUAAUACAUGGAGCUACACAAAUUAUAAAAGUGUUGUUACUAAAAAUACUGGUUGUAGUGUCAUGAAUAGUACAACAGGAAAAUGGGACAUUAUGUCUUGUUCAUUAAAUCUCAAGUUCGUUUGUAAGAAAUGGAUUCCAGGUGUUGAUGAUAACAAUUGUUGGUACCCUAGGACAUUGAGAGAUAACAAUUGUUACUUGGUAAAUGAAAACCAAAAGACAUGGAGUGAGGCUAAGGUUUCAUGUGUGGAUAAUAUAAUGGAGUUAGUUUCAAUCAAAAAUGCUGCUGAAACCGAUGCUAUUAAAAGUCUCUAUCCUUAUUCUAAUUUAUCUUGGAUUGGAGCUUAUCAGUCCAAUGGGACUUGGAAAUGGAUUGAUGGUAAUAGCUUGCAAUUUACGCAGUGGGAAAAUCCCCCUGAUGAAGAUUGUAUUGCUGUUAAUAGUUCAACUGGUGUAUGGCAAGGUGAUGAGUGUGACAAUGCGAAUAGUUUUAUUUGCAUGAAGAGAUUUGUGGAUAGGGUCAUAUCUGUUCCAGUUAGAAAAGAAGAGACACCAUUGACACCAUAUGAAGCUGAGUAUUGGAUUAGCUACGAAAACAAAGAGUAUUAUAUCUUAAGUGAAAACGUUACAUUUAACGAAUCAGUUUCGUAUUGCACAGCACUUGGCGGUUGGUUAAUCAAAGAUACAACUGCAGCAAAACACUUUGUGAAGUAUGAAUCCAAAUUUUGGGUUGAUCUGAAAUUUAAUGGAAACAAAUGGUACAUAGACAACAAAAAGGUGUCUCCAAAAUGGGCUGAAUUUUAUUAUGAUACAUAUUCAUGUGGUUAUUUGCAUACAUGUGGGUGGAAACAGCAAUCUUGUGACGAUGAAAUAAAAGCCAUAUGCGAAAGAAAUCUGCUCCCAGCAUUAGCUAACAAAAAUCAAGCAACCACUGGUGCAUCUACCACAACCACAACCACUGACACUUUCACCACAACCACUGACGCCUCCAUCACAACCACUGAUGCAUCCACCACAACCACUGAUGCGUUCACCACAACCACUGGUGCGUCCACCACAACCACUGGUGCGUCCACCACAACCACUGGUGCGGCCACUACAACCACUGAUGUGCCCACCACAACCACUGAUGUGCCCACCACAACCACUGAUGUGCCCACCACAACCACUGAUGUGCCCACCACAACCACUGAUGUGCCCACCACAACCACUGAUGUGCCCACCACAACCACUGAUGUGCCCACCACAACCACUGAUGUGCCCACCACAACCACUGAUGUGCCCACCACAACCACUGAUGUGCCCACCACAACUACUGAUGCGUCCACCACAACCACCAGUGUAUUAACCACGGUCAAUGACAUGUCCACACCUACAACCACUGGUGUAUCAAAGACGGUGUCUACCACUGGUGUAUCAACAUUUAUUGGUCAGUCUUUUUUCAGGAAGUAUAUAUCUACGAUAAAAAACAAUGAAGUAUUUCACUGGACAAUUGAAAAUUUGCAACCUCACCAACCAUUUGGUUCGAUCUACACAACUUUUCCAAAGUUUAGCUUUGAAAACACAACAGGCUCUCUCGUCAUCCAUGGUAACAACAACAAAUCAUUUUGUAUGAAAUUGGACGGUGUUAAUAACUGGAUGGACGAACAAGAAGUUGUAAAUGCUGUUUCUAAUGGUGCUGGUACAGUUGUUGGUUCCAGUGCAAACGGAAGUGAAUGCAUGAUUUUUAACUAUGUCAAUGGACAGUUUAAUCUUCACCUUAAGACAGUUGAUGAUAUAUUUUGUAUUGAUUUUGUCAAUGGUGGCAUGCAUAUUACUUCUGAUUGCACAUCCGUUUCAAAAGUUUCACUUAAUUUACCUUCACACUGGACAAAAUGGACUGACUGGUUGCCUUGUGAUGUUGUAUGUGGAAAUGGUAGCCAAUCACGGUCAAGGCGCUGCAUAAAUACAGGGCAUGGAAAUUGUCAAGGUCACUCAAUCCAAAAAAGUCAUUGUUUGGGAAAAGGUGACUGCAGAAAGUUUGCUCUUGUUGGAGGGAGCUGUAGAGACUACUGUAACUCAUUUGGGCAAAGUUGCGACCCCCUUAUGCAGACUGGUGAGAGUAUUGCACCAUUUAAAGUAGUUGGCUUUCAAUGCUCAAAUGACACAGCUAAAGACAACUGGAAUAAUACCUAUUCUCCCUAUUUCAAUAGCGAAACAAAAGAAUGUGUUGGCUACAAAAACAUGCCAAAGCAAAUAAAUUGCAAUGCUGAGCCGCCUCAGUCAACAUAUCUGCGACUGUGUCAUUGUUUUGCAGAAGAUAAUCUCUUUAUGACCACAUGGUCACCUUGGAGUGAAUGUUCAUCAUCUUGCCGUGGAACACGCAACAGAAGAAGAUACUGCUCUAUUGGUGGUUUUUCAACUUUUUCCAACAAUAGAUACGAAGUUGAAGAUUGCAAUGUUGACAUCAUUUGUCCUGUGCAUGGUCAAUAUACUGCUUGGACGCAGUGGUCUCAAUGCUCAGCAACCUGUGGAGAAAGUAUGCAAACAAGAAACAGAACAUGUACAAAUCCAACUCCAAGAUUUGGUGGAUUCGAUUGUAUUGGUGCAAGUGUUGAAUCAAGGCGAUGUGGUUAUAAGAAAUGCCCAAUAAAUGGAGAGUGGAGUGGUUGGUCUUCAUAUUCAGGUUGCACGAAACCUUGUAAUGGUGGUGUGCGUGUAAAAAGAAGAUACUGCACUAGUCCUGCACCAAUGUAUGGAGGAAGACAAUGUCAUGGAGCAUGGAAUCAGACUAUGCCUUGUAACCAAAGACUUUGUCCAGCUGCUUAUGUCAAUGUUACUUGCAAAUUCGACGUACCCUAUCAUCCAAACUUAGAAUUCGUUUCUGGAGAACGGUGGAAUCAACUUGAAACAAUGAUAUAUGAACAGAUAUUGGAUUCUUUCAGUGAAGGUUUUGAAAAUGCAGUCACUGGAGUAAUAUUAAAUGAUGCAAGACGGGGCAGUAUCCUGGCAUCUUUCACAGCUUUUUUCUCUUUUUUUGAUUCCUAUCAACUGGUUUACUUGCAAGAUAGUAUACAGAAUGAAAGCUCAAUUGCAAAACUUCCUGUAGUUCUUAACAGUCCCUCAUCAUUUGUCACUGGAUCAGUUCCAACUGGUCCACCAUCCAACAUACAUGUUGUAUCUACUUUUCCAACAUCUUUAAAUGUAUCGUGGAGUGAAGUUGAUAUCACAUUACAAAAUGGAAACAUUCAGGGUUACCUUUUGUUUUAUCGUGAAAAGUUUAAACCUUCAGACCCGUAUGAAGUGUAUGGCUCUGUUGGGUAUUGGGCUGAAAUAACUGGAUUAAAACCUGGUACAGUGUAUGUCUUUAGGCUGUUAGCAUUUACUGCUGCAGGUAAUGGAGUGGCAUCUAAUCUGAUGGGUGUUAAAACGAUGGAAACAGCUCCAUCUGCACCACCGACAUCUUUGACUGGUUUUGCAAUUGAUGCAACAUCAAUAUAUGUGCAAUGGUCUGGUGUUGAUAUGGAUGAUAUGAAUGGCGAUCCACUUGGAUACAAUGUGUAUUUUAAUGAUGGAUACAACACUAAAAAGGCAAUUUCACCUUUCUCUCCACCGCACGUUAUAUUAAAUGGCUUACAUCCAGUCACUACAUAUGUUAUUGAUGUGUGUGCUUUCAAUGCAGUUGGAGAAGGACCAUGUGAAGCAACUGAAGUCACAACGAAAUUGUCAGCCCCAAGAGUCCCUCCACUCAACCUUAUGGUUUAUAGAACGCUUCAUAACACUUUGUGGAUAAAAUGGAAUUCAAUAAAUACAAGCAGUGAGAUAGUGGAUGCAUAUCACAUUCAAUAUUACAUGAUUGAGAGAGGUGGAAAGCCUUUACAGAAGGCUGAAAUAAAGGAAAUUGUAGUAGUACCUUCUUUUUUAACUUACAAGCUAAAAUUUUUGUCCUCCAAUUCGAAAUACAUGAUCAAAGUUUCUGGUGUUAAUAUUAUUGGGAAUGGAGUUCCAGCAGUUAUUGUUGGAGAAACAUGUAAAUGUCCUCCUCAUGUUCAUGCAAACUAUCUCUCAAUGCCACCUUACGUUACGUACACAUCUGAUGAUAAACUUACUGGUGUUUUUCCUAACAUUAUUCAAGAUAUGGUCACCUUUGCAUGUGGAUUAUGUCCUCAUCGGUCAAACCAUCCAGGGACAAUUAUAGACUUAUUGUUUAAUGGAAAAUCAGGAUUUUCACGAAAGUCGAAUAUUGAUCGAAUGGUAGAAGACAUUGAUGAAUAUACAGAGUUAACUUUUCCUCUUUCUUCCAAUCCAUCUAAAAACGACACCUUAAAUGCAAGAUAUGUGCCAAUUAUAUCAUACCCAGGUGCCGUUUUGAUCAUUAAGGAUGUUGAUGUUUCCACUCAUGUCAAAAAAAUGAUCUAUGAACUUCUUCACACUUGGCCAAUCUUCAUGUUCAACUUCUUCUUCAUCAUUAUAUCAGGGACAGUUUUAUGGUUUUUAGAAAUAUACUUCAAUGAAAGUACAACUGAUUUUUCAACAUCAAUGAAAUAUUUAAUUGGAUGGCGCCAAGCAUGGUACUGGGCAUACAUAACUCAAACUACUUUGGGAUAUGGAGAUUUUGUUGCCAAAGGAAAAGCUUCAAGAUUAUUAGCUGUAAUAUGGAUAUUCAUAAGCCUUGUUAUGACUUCCUUAUUAUUGGGUGCAUUGACAACUGCUUUCACAGCUGUCCAAACAUCAAAAACAACAUCAAUAUAUGGCUUAAAGGUUGCUGUUCUUUCUGGUUCAUUUGAAGAACGAUUGGCAAUUUUGAGGAAUGGUAAAAUUGAUAAAGGUAGUAAAUAUACAAGAGUAGCCGAGUUAGCAAAAGCACUAAAAUCCGAAAAAGUUGAAGGUAUUCUUGUCGACGCAUACACAGCAGGGUAUUACAAGGAUGAAUUAAAUGAUCCUGCUUUUAUUGCAGCCAGCUUGAUUGAGUAUCCCAGAACAUUUGGUGUUGUCUUGAGUGGCUCUCUUGCAAAUGUAAAGAAAAAUGUUGCAGAUUAUGUUAAUUCAAACCAAGGAAGAAUACUUGACAUUUUAGAGAAUUUCACUGAGAAGAUGGAGCCUAAAGAACCGGGAGAAGAAAAAUCUGUGUUUGAUCCAUCAUCUGAAUCAUUAAGAAGCAUGUUGAAAAUACUUGCUGUCUUGUUAUUGCUUUUCUGCAUUUUUGGCUAUGCAAUAUGGUGGAUUUGCUGUGUGAAGAAAAAGUCUGUUGUUGUAAAGCCAGAUAAUGUGGAGCCACCUAGAACAGAAAACAUUGCUGCUGUUCAAAAACUGAUAGAUGAAUUUCACACAGACUUUAGUUCUAAAAUUACCAAAUUAUCAGAACGUAUCGAUACAGAAAGACUUAAACUCUUCAAGGAUCGUGGAUCCAGCAGCUUAAGAAACCACAAAAAACAUAAUUCACGUUAUUCCAGAUUGUCGCGAAAUUCUCGAAGCACACCAUCUUCAUUUGUUUUCCUUAAAGGUAAUGAUCAGCCAUUGACAAGUAUUCAAACAGUUAGUGUACAAGAUAUUGAAGAUGUGUCGCAUGAUAUAGAGGGCCUUCCACAGCAUAUUGAAGAUAUGUCGCAAAAUAUUGAAGACAUUCCACAAGACAUUGCAAAUGUCCCACAAGACAUAGCAGACAGUCUACAAAAUAUUGAAGACAUCCCACAAAAUAUUGAAGACAUCCCACAAAACAUUGAAUACAUCCCACAAAACAUUGAAGACAUCCCACAAAAUAUUGAAGACAUCCCACAAAAUAUCGAAGACGUCUUACAAGAUAUUGAUAUCUCCAAAGAUAUAAAAGAAACACCAAACACAAUUAAAAGAGAAGACAAUUUUGAACAAACUGAAGUGUAAUUCAUGCUAUGUAAUGUGAGUACUAAUGGCUGAUCUAAAUGUGUCUUGAUGUAAUGGAAAUUAAUAACUGUAUAUAAACUUACAGAGUGAUUUAUAAAAAUAAUAUAGAUUUAAAACGUAAAAAAUAUAUUAAGUAAAUAAUAAUGUUAUUAUCUAUUGUUAGCUUUAUGCAUCUUUUGCACUGAAUUAUAUACUUUUAAAAUAAAUUUUAAAAAUUGACUAAACAAAUAUACACUUCUUAAAAAUUAAAACAUAAAAUCGUAAAGAAAAGUAAAUGUCAAAAAAUGCUUAUUUGAACUUAGAAACUUAAUUCCAUGCCCACUGGUUUAUUUUAAUGUUCGUACAUCAACCUCUUUUAAAUGGGUUUAUGCACUUUCUCUCAGAAUUGAUCUACUAAACAAAAUCCCCUUCGGGAUAAAAUCCAUGUUUUAAAUAUAACCUAAAGUAAAAUUUAUUGAUAAUAAAAUAAACACCUGCAUUAUUUAAUUGUUAAUUUACCACCUGUUAAAUUUCACAGAGGACAUAUUUUGAAAUGUUGAUGUUGAAAAGUAAAGUUGAAGAUCUGUUCAUACCACUUCUCAGAGAGAUAGGUUACUUUUGUUAAAACUUAUUAUUAACAUGUCUGAUGGCAGAUCUCUUGUUUUUCGCAGAAGAAAAAAACGGAUGCUCAGAAUGAUCUUAAUUAAGGCCAUUGUGUAUUUAAUGUCUACUCAAAUUUGUGGCUUCAUUUUUAAGAAAUAGGAAUUUCAAAUACUGUACUGUAUCCUUAUUAUCAAAUGGUUACUUUUGAUUCGGUGUGGUAAUUAAUAUUAUAGAUUAAUUAAUAUUAUAUUAUAGAAAACACAUUUCUAUUUUAAAAUUCAAUGUUGAUUUUUAGAAUUUUUGGAACAGUCUUUGUUUAUUUCCUAAAUCAGAAAAGGAUAUGAUAAAACAUUUUUUUAAAAGCAACAAAUCUCAAAUCUUCCGCUACCUCUUCGUUAAGGCACAAAAGUUUUACUUAAAGCACAUGACACGUUCUGCAUAACGUGGACAUAAAUACUUUGUAUAUGUAUAAAUUGCAUUAUAUAUCUUUGUAAAUACAAUAUCUCGAAUAU